AUGACGGAUGUUGAACCCAUCAGUGAUCUUCCGAAGAAGAACGGCUCCGACGUGAGCAUACUCGAGGAGGUUCCGGCGGUGGGCGCUCCGCGGGCAGCAAAUCCCGAGGAGAAGCAGGCAAGGUUGGACGCUGCGCUUGAAGUCGAUCCUGGUGUACAGGCAUGGACUAUUCGUGCAUUCCAGUUUUGGCUGGUCGUGCUAUGCGCUUGUUGCUGCUCCGGAGAUAACGGCUUCGACGGGACGGUUAUGGGAUCGGUUAACGCCUUACACCAGUAUCAGAAGUACUUCGGAAUGACAGGUGCUGGAAAGUCGACAAGCGUUGUUUUCGGAAUCUACACUGCCGGUUCCUUUGCAGCUGCGUUACCUGCCUCGUACUUUCCCGACAAGUUUGGACGUCGCGUGGCCAUGGCUAUUGGCAAUAGCAUCACGAUCGCUGGCGCGAUCAUCACUGCAACAGCUACGAACAAGAGCGCCUUCAUCGGCGGCCGCUUCAUGACUGGUAUGGGCACAGCGACGGCUCAAGCAGGCGCGAAGGCCUAUCUUGCGGAGAUCACCCCGCCGAAGUCUCGAGGCUUCUUCCUCGGCUUCCUCAACUCUUUCUUCUACGUCGGACAGAUCCUUGCCACCGGUAUCCUUGUCGGCACGCAGAAAUGGGAGAACGACUGGUCGUGGAGGGUACCGCUGUUCAUCCAGAUGGUCCCGGCCGCUCUCAACCUCUUCUUCAUCUUCCUCUGCCCCGAAUCACCGCGUUGGCUCUACACCGUCGGCAAAUCUGACAAGGCGCGUCGUACGCUAGCCAAGUUGCAUUCGAGCACAAACGAUCCGAAUUCGCCACUCGUGGACGUUGAGAUGGACGAGAUUGAAGAAACGAUUGAGCUUAGCGGCUCCGACAAACACUGGUGGGACUACCGCCCUCUGUUCCGUACAAAGGCGGAUCGCUAUCGCGGCUUCACGAUCAUGAUGAUGGGUUCUUUCGGACAACUCGCUGGAAACAACCUCAUCACUUACUUCUUGCCGGUGCUAUUGGGCAACGCCGGAAUCACGAACCAGACGAAGAAAUUGACUUUGACGUUCGUCAACUCCAUCACGAGCGCUGCUGGCGCAUUGACUGGUAGUGCUAUCGUCGACCGCGUAGGAAGGCGUCGGUUGUUGCUGAGCUGCAUGUGCGCUUGCGUCGUAUGCUUGGCCAUCGUCACCGGUCUCCUCAGCGGCGACACCUCCAAUGCUACUCGGUCUAAUGCUGGGAUCAGCUUCAUCUACCUGUUCAUGGUUUGCUACUCGUUCGGUUGGACACCCAUGCAAGGCAUUUACGCUACUGAGAUCUUGUCUUACGAGACGCGUGCAAAGGGACUUGCGUUGGUGAAUAUCGUCUCCCAAUGUGCCGGACUGAUCAACACAUUCGCACUACCAAUUGCACUCGAGAAGAUAACCUGGAAAGUCUACGUGAUUUUCCUCGUAUGGGACGUCGUCGAGGUUAUCGUAUUGUGGGCCUUCAUGGUUGAGACGAAGGGUCUGACGCUCGAAGAGAUUGAAGGCAUCUUCGCGCAACCUAAUCCGCGCAAGUACUCGCUUGAGCUGCGGGCAAAGACGAAGACGUCGAAGUUGGGCCGUGUAUGA